UUUUCUCUAAAAUAGAGGAAAAAAAAAGAGUAACGACUUCUUCAGGUAUCUUUACGAACCCAUCAAUGGCGACAGAGUCCCCGAGCUCUGUUCGGAAAGUCGUUGUUCAUCUAAGAGCUACUGGAGGUGCUCCUAUACUCAAACAGUCUAAAUUCAAGAUUCCGGGGACUGAUAAAUUUGCUAAAGUGAUCGACUUUUUACGAAGACAACUUCAUUCGGACUCAUUGUUUGUCUAUGUGAACAGUGCUUUCUCGCCAAACCCUGAUGAAUCAGUAAACGAUCUAUACAGUAACUUUGGCUUUGACGGUAAACUGGUGGUUAACUAUGCUUUUUCAAUGGCAUGGGGCUAAAGCCGACGACGAGAAUACCACGGUGUUCUCAAGCCGGGGUCGCGCUAGAUGCUUGCUUUGUUGGAAAGAUGACCUUUCAGAAUAAAGUUGAUGUACAUAAUCUAGCAAUGGAAUUGAUAUACAUGUACAUAAAGACCAUAUCAAAAUUCAAAAAAUCAGACUUUAAUCUCGUCUUGGGCUCGUGUUGAGAUUCAAAAUCAAGAAAUAGAGAUAAGUUAUUUUCCUUCUUCCUCACCAAAACCAAUAAAAAGCAGUUUACUUUUGAGUGCGAC